UCGUCAGAACCGUCAACUCUCGCGAUAAGUCGUUCCCAUUCUCGCCCUCCCGUCCAGCGAUAGUAGAAGGAACAGAAGUGGUUGCUUUGAGAUGUCUCAGAAGGCAACGACCAGGACUUCAUCGCUCAUGGCCCUUCAUUCAGAUUCACAUAAGCAGAGCAUCCUGAGCAAAUUCGACAAGCUCAGGAAAAGGCACUUACUGUGCGACAUCACUCUUGUCGUGGAAGACGUGCACUUCAAGGCGCACAAAGCCCUGCUGGCAGCAAGCAGCGAGUACUUCUCCCUCAUGUUCACGGCAGAGGAUCAGCCUCAACCCACCUACCGGCUGGAUGGUAUGGCGGCGAAGAUGUUUGCCGCAGUGCUGGAGUUCAUCUACAGCGCUCGGGUGUCUGUGGAGGAGAACGCCACAGAGCAGCUUCUGGCCACGGCUCGACUCAUGGAGGUCAGUGACCUUGUCAAGGUGCUCACUGAGCUCACACGCUCUGCUGCAGCGGUUAAAGAGGCAGAGGCAGAAUUAGCAGAGGCGCCGGAUCUGUCCAAACGCAAAAGAGGACGGCCAAAGAAAGACCUGGAUGUCCCUGUAACCCAGCCGGAGGAGAGUAGUGCCCCGUGUGAGAGCUCAGACGAGGGGCAGGAUAGAGAUAUGAACUGUGGUGAUGCAGCACGUGAGUCACGACCUAAAGAUGAUGCGGAUUACAACCCGGGAGCCCACCGACAGAGCAAACGCAGAAUCAGGCCACCGGUAAAAUACAAGAGCUUCACGGUGGUCAGCGACACGGCGGGGAGCAAAGAGCCUGGGAAGAGAGGCAGGAAGAGGAAAUACCCCAACACUGAGGCCCGAUGUGAGGACUGUGGCAAAGUAUUCAAAAACCACCUCUUUUUAAAGAUUCACCAAAGAACUCAUACAGGAGAGAAGCCUUUUCAGUGCCUGGUUUGUGGAAAGGGUUUUACCCAGAAGCACGCGCUGCUGUCUCACCAGCGCAUGCACACAGGAGAAAAGCCGUUUGUUUGUACCAUCUGCUCCAAAGCGCUCUCCACCAAACACACCCUGCAAGAGCACAUGAACCUCCAUGAAGGAGAGAAACCCUUUAGCUGUGACAAAUGUGUAAAGACCUUCACUCAGAAGAGGCAACUUAAAAGCCAUUACAGAGUUCAUACAGGCAAAUUGUUACCAGAAUGCGCUCAGUGUCAUCACAAGUUUUUGGACACGGCUCAGCUGAAAAAGCACCUGAGAACUCACACAGGUGAGAAGCCUUUUACCUGUGAGAUUUGUGGAAAGUGUUUCACAGCCAAGAGCACACUGCAGACUCAUAUCAGAAUCCACAAAGGUGAGAAGCCAUAUGAGUGCAACUUGUGCAACAAAUCAUUCUCCGACCCCAGUGCGAGAAGACGACACGUCACCUCUCACUCGGGGAAGAAACCCUUCACCUGCUCCUUCUGCAGCCUGUCGUUCACCCGCAUGGACAAUCUGAGAACACACACCAAAUCCCACAACAAGGAAAGAGCUGCAGCAACAGAAGCCUCGUCCGACGCGGCGGUCUCGAACGCCGCGGCACCACCGGAGGAGGUGCGUAACAUCCUCCACCUGCAGGACUACCAGCUGCCUUCCAGCUCUGAACAGGAGAUCCAGCUGGUGGUGACGGGAGAUGUUAACUUUGUGCCGGCUCAGGACCAGGAGAUCAGCAUCAUCACCACAGAGGGAGAGACGACAGAAUCGGCCCACUCCAGACUCACCCUCCUCACCCAGUCGUCAGGAAACGUGCAGAACGUGGCUCUGGUCACGCAGGGCGCCGUGGUGGACCCGAGCCGUCAGAUUCAGACUGUCAGUACGCUGGAGAGCCAGAUGACGCAGCAGCCCGAGCAGAUGCAUGUUAUCACUCUGAGUAAAGAGGCAAUGGAGCAUCUACAGGCCCACCACGGUCCCCCGCAGCCCCUUCAGAUAGCACAGCGACCCGUCCAGCAGCUGCAGGUGAUGGCCCAGCCCAUCCAGCAGCUGGCUGUGGCUCAGGAGAGCUCGCAGGGGCAGGUGAGCAGGGAGCCACACAGCCAGGCCAUCCACAUCAGCAGCCAGAGCAGCCAGCCCAUCUCCAUCAGCCAGACCAGCGAGCAGAUCUCCAGCCACCACAUCCAGGGACAGACGUUUCAGAUCCAGGCAGGGACCGUCUCCUACCUGUACACCACCGGGCUGCCGCAGGAGAGCUGAGUGUUUCCCGGAUCCAAACUCAAACUGCUGCUACAGUGCACAUUAAUAAUGGAUGAAUAAAACUAUUAUAUAUUAUUAUA